AGUAGCAAAAAUAGUGAGUUGAGUUUAGGACAUCUUUGCCAAAGAAGAAAUAAGUACCUAUGCACAAACUUAAUUUCUCUUUGCAUCCUUUGCAUAGACAAAUUAAGUUUGCUUUGUUGAGCUUAUCUAUUUUAGUUCUAAGGAAUUAAUAAAAUUUCCUUUUUAUUUUGGUUGGCUUCAACCUAGUCCUAUCCUAGAAGUGUUUCAGAUAUAUAUUUUAUGAGACAUUCAAAGAAAGUGCAAAUUUUGUAACUAAGUGUGGCAUUCAAUUCGCCGGCAUGAUUUUGCACAGGCAGAAAUGUCCGAGAUAAAGCAUAAACAACAGAUUCUUGCAGCAAUCGAUCAUUUACGUUCACGUAAAUCGCGUCCAGAUUUAUACCGAAUUUGCAAAUUUAUGUUAAAGUGUUAUAAAGUAACACCUAAAGACACCAAAGCUGAUCUCAAGCGUUGUUUGAAAGAGAAGAGCAUAUUUAAGGUUGACUACAAGGAUAAUGUAAGCUAUCGUAACGCUGCAAAGUGGAGAAAAAAAUCUAAUCAAAAAAUGGCGAGUACUUCAGCUUCAAGUGAACGGAGAAUUAUAACAUCAGCAAUCGCUACUCUCAUAUAUCAGGACCAAAGUUUCUUAGAAAAUGGAAUCUCUUUUGAAGAUUUGGUUAGGGCUGCAGCAUCUCAGGAAUCUAAAUACUCAAAGAAACAAUUAGAAACUAUCAUCAAUAAGGAAUUAUCAUCUGGAAGUCUUGUGAAAUUGCCAAAUGGUAAUCUUGCUCUAGGCCCUGCAGACCAUGAUGGUGACAGCUCAGAUAGUUUUAAAUUUGAAUACAAUAUGGAUUCAAAUACCAAGAUGACAUCUUCGGCGAAUUCUUCAUGCCGAUCAUCACCACAAAGAAUGAGAGGACGCCCAAAGAAGAGAGGGGGUGGAUCAUCAAACAAUGUUAGUAACAGCACUAGAAACUCUGGAGUUCGAGUUGGUGAAAGAAGAAAGAUGGCUAAAAAAGUAUUUGAUCCUUCAGAUAACAAUGUGCCAAGCAAAAGGAAACGGGGUAGACCAGUGGGGUCUUUAAAUAAAAGUACAAUCAAGAAAAGACUGAUGGGUGCAAGUCAUAGCAAACCAGAUAAAGAAGGCACUCCGCCAUCUGAUGGUCAAAUGUCAGAUGGUAGUGCUGAUGAAAUAGAACCUGAAGAGCCUAUCCCUAAUGAAACUUCUGGAGGAGUUUGCUCUGUCUGCCACAUUCAGAAAGCUAGGGGUUCAAAUGAUAGACUGGUGGAAUGCCGAGAUUGCAAUAACAAAGCUCAUUUGAGUUGUCUCCAGUCUGGGUCAGGUAUCUUGAAACCACGUCCAGAUAAUACAUGGCAGUGCCCACAUUGUAAAACUUGUGUUGUUUGCUGUGAAACAAAUGAUGCUGGUAUCUUGACUGUCUGCAGUAUUUGCUCAGAUGCAUAUCAUGCUCUUUGUCAUGCUCCUCGAAUUCCCGAAAGAUUGAAAGCAUGGGAUCAGUGGGAAUGUAACAACUGCUUGGAAUCACGCCCAACAGUGAUGGGCUCACCGGCUAUCAUUCCCAGCAAUAUAGACUAUAAUUCACAGAAUUCACCACCAGUUGAUCCAUUUUUAAAGCCUCAUGAGCUUGAUAGAACUUCUUCAAAAUUUGGAGAUGAUGUUCCUAUAGAUCCUAGCUUGCCAGACAUAACAAAUUGGACAACUGAGGAUGUUUAUGAAUACUUCAUUAAACAUUUGCCUGAAGCAGCACCUAUUCUAAAAGAACAGGAGUUUGAUGGUCAAGCUGUAAGUAUGGCAAGGCGAGCUGAUAUAGUGAAAGGUUUAGGACUUCCUCUUGGACCUGCACUAGCUUUGUACCGGAUUAUUGUUAAACUGCAGACAAGAAAGGAUGACUGGACAAUGUGCUGGGGCUAAAAAGGUUUACCUUGGAUUUGCACUAACUUUAUACCACAUCAUAAUUAAGUUAAACUGGGGACAAGAAAGGAUUAAUGUGCUGGGGCUAAAAAGGUUUACAUAAGGUUUUACAUAAGGUUUUACAAUAUCAGAUAGGAUGACAAAGUCAGAUAAUUGAAACAAAUAUGCAAACUCUAUGUAAAAUGGAUAUAUUCAAGAUCAUUGUGAUAAUUCAUAGACUGUAAACAUGAAAGCAUUAUCACUGUAAUUUUCACUAGUGUGUCUAAUAUUAUAAUUUCCUGUCUUUGUCUAUUUUAUAAAAUGUUUAUUUUGAUGACAAAGACAGGAACUUAUAAUCAGUAUAGUUACUGAGAUCUGAGAUGACAGAAACUCCAGCCAGAUAGCCUAAACAGCCUGCUUGAUCAAAUCACAGAUUAUAUAAUAGUCUAAAUAACUAUGUCUGAGCUUGUUUAUCGCAUGCACCUUAGUGUGGUGCCCUGUUGUAUAAAUAUUUAAUACAUACUAAAUAAUAUAAUAAAGUUUGGCUUUUAUUACAUUUUAAAAGUUUUGAAACAUUUAUCUGCUAAUGAGCAUACAUGUAAAUACAGAAACAUCCCACACUAUGAGCAAAGUGCAAUGAUAAUUAUGUUCUUUAAAAUAUUGUUGCACCACUUAUCAAUGUUUAAAUAGAUCAAAUUAUAAGAUGGUGGAAUUUAUCAAAUCUUCAUUAUAUUCUUUUGUUCUAAUUAGUUGCAUAUGAUAUUUUCUAUACCUAAUACUUCUUAGCUAUUUAUAGGAAUUUAUAAUCAUUGUUUAUAAAAAUAAAAAAUAAAGUAAGAA